CUUAAUACUUUACGUUCUCUUCCUAAUUCCACUUAUCACUUUCACAUUUCGCUCUUUUUUCUCUUCAAUGUAUCGUGUAGUUUUURACUCUACGGAAAGUUCCAAUCUCCGAAAAAUCUCGUUUUUUACUUGACUGACGUAAAACAUUUCCGUUCUUGGCAGCUAGUUGUCAAGUACUUUUGUUYUCAUAUUGACUGUGAAAAUUAUCAAAGCUGAUCUCUUCACCCACUGUGACUCGAAACUUGAUCUCAAUGUACCAUUUUACCAGGAGCACGACAGUCUUAAGCUACCACGACAUCGAAACAUAUUGGACUACAGAAAUUGUAUGACAAACGGUAGACGUUGCAAGUUAUUGAAUUCYGMAAACAUYCCGUCAAAAAGGUUACAAAGUUUGACAGUCUUCAAACGUUUUCGUUUUACUCUGYAUUAGYKUUACGUCURGCUGWUAAUUCCCWAUAGAAGCCUUUAUUCUUCGAUUCAAAACAGCGCGGCUGAAUAGCUGUUUAAUUGGUGACAAUUUGAACCAAUGGAUCAUAAUAAUAAUCACAAGACCUGGGACCUGGCUCAGAGGGCGAGAAAAGUCUCGAAAGGUCAGGCUAAAAUUUUCUUGACCAGGAACGCUGGCGAUGAGCAAAGGCUUGCGAAACUAACGCAGCAUCUCGACAAGGAGAAGUCGGCAAAAAAUUCCGAAUUAAACUUCGCAAAAAAGCUUCUUGUCAAGCGAUAUGGAGCAGGAAAAGCAGAGUUUGAAACUAUAGGAGAACAAAGAGGACCGCCACGUAGUCGAAGCUUGACUUGGGACUCUACUUUUAUGACGAAACCUGAAAUGGAAGACACUCGAAGUCGCAAAGUGUCCUCUAUACAAUCCCGCGGGAGUUACACCGAUAUCCCGCGCGCUCACUCGUCGGAGAAAGACCUURCACCAGUUCGUAAGUUUUCCCACAUAGCUCGUUUACAACCAAGAAAAGACUCGUAUGUGAACAUUGUUAGCUUAUCUGAUGGAGAAAUAAAUAAAAACUGUGAAGCCCAGGAAACGAGACCUCGWGCCAUUUCCGAAGUUCUUCCACCCAUUACUCUACCGCCUAUCUACAAGGCAGGCCAAUCCUUACCURCUGGGGGAGGGCUAAGGCCUCGGUUUUCAACCAGCCAACUUCGAACUGAUACAACUACACCUGUAGCUGGGCCAGUCAGGAAAAGGAGCCUUGGAGCUUACACCGCCCCAGGCAAUGCAUUAUUGAAUGGAGAGAACUCGAUAAAAUUUGAUGCUUCACUUGGUAGUUGUCGAUACCUCCGAAAAAGAGAUAACGAGGGUACAUUAUAGUCUCCCCUGCAGCCACUUUCAGUCAGAUGUCUCCA